UGCAGCUUCAGAGGCUCGCCGACGCGGGGGUUGGGUCUGGAGGUCGGAGAGAUGGUUCAGAUUCUGGAGAAAUGUGAAGGUUGGUACCGAGGAUUCUCAGUGAGGAGACCCAACGUCAAGGGAAUUUUUCCUGCAGCUUACAUUCACCUGAAGAAGGCGACUGUGACCAACCGAGGGCCCAACGAGACGGCCGUCCCUCUGGAGGACCCCAUCGUGACGGAGGUGACCUCCACCCUUCAGGAAUGGGCUCUGCUGUGGAAGCAGCUGUAUGUGAAACACAAGGUGGAUCUGUUCUACAAGGUUCGCCACGUGAUGCUGGAGCUGAUGGACCUGCGGCGGCAGCUGCUGUCAGGUCACCUGACGCAGGACCAGAGCCGAGACGUGAAGAGGCACAUCACCGUCCGGCUGGACUGGGGCAACGAACAUCUGGGGCUGGACUUGGUGCCAAGGAAGGACUUUGAGAUGGUUGAUGAAGAUCAGAUAAGCGUGUCAGACCUUUACAAGAUGCACCUGUCCAGCAGACACAGCGUCCAGCAGAGCACCGCUCAGAGUGACAACAACAAGCAGCGCCACGGGGAACCGGGUCGCGUUCCGGUACCACACCACCUUCUGGUCAACCUGAAAAGCUUCUCGUACAACAGCAUCGGGGAGGACACGGAUGUAUUCUUCUGCCUGUAUGACCUGAGGGAGGGGAAGGCCAUCAGUGAGAAGUUCAUGGUGAGGCUGAACAAGAACGGAGGGCCGAAGAACCCGGAGAAGGUGGACAGACUGUGUGCGCUCUUCACGGAUCUAAGCAACAAAGACAUGAAGCGGGAUCUCUACAUCAUCUCUCAAGUGAUUCGAACAGGUCGCAUGUUGUUGAAUGACAGUAAGAAAGGCCCCGCCCACGUUCAGUACCGUCGACCGUACGGCUGCGCCGUCCUGGCCAUGAGUGAUGUGCUGCAAACCAUCUCAGAGCUCAAGGAGGAGAAAGACUUCGUCUUGAAAGUUUACACCUGCAACAAUGAGAAUGAAUGGUACCAGGUUCAUGACAACAUCAUCCGCAAGUCCAGCACCAAAUACACAGCACCCAGCAGCAGCUAUGGUCUGAUCAUCUCCCUGCAGCUGCUCAGAGGCGACAUGGAGCUGGUCCGCAGAGAGAACCCGCUCAUUUUCAGCAAAGGGGUGGCCAUCACUCGGAAACUGGGCUUCCCAGACGUCAUCAUGCCUGGUGACGUCCGUAACGACCUGUACCUGACUCUGGAGCGGGGGGAUUUUGAAAGGGGGGGGAAGAGCGUUCAGAAGAACAUCGAGGUCACCAUGUACGUCCUCUACGCUGAUGGAGAAAUACUGAAGGACUGCAUCAGUCUGGGCUCGGGGGAGCCCUGCUUCCCGGAGUACCGCUCCUUCGUGCUGUACCACAACAACAGCCCCCGCUGGAGCGAGGUGGUGAAGCUGCCCAUCCCCAUCGACCGUUUCCGAGGCUCCCACCUGCGCUUCGAGUUCCGACAUUGUUCCACCAAGGACAAAGGAGAGAAGAAGCUGUUCGGUUUCGCCUUCACCCCCCUGAUGAGGGAGGACGGGACCACUCUGUCCGACGACAGCCACGAACUCUACGUCUACAAGUGUGACGAGAACACCACCUUCAGUAACCACGCCCUCUACCUGGGCCUCCCCUGCUGUAAGGAGGACGUCAGCAGCUGCCCCAGCAUCCCGUCCAGCCUGGUCUUCCAGCGCAGCAGCAAGGAGACCUUCUGGAUCUCCACCCAGCUCUCCUCCACCAAGCUGACGCAGAACGUGGACCUGCUGGCGCUCCUGAAGUGGAAGGCUCAUCCUGAGCGCGUCAUGGACAUCCUGGGACGCCUUCGACACAUCAGCGGCGAGGAGAUCGUCAAGUUUCUCCAGGACAUCCUGGACACCCUGUUCUCCAUCCUGGAUGACAACACGGAGAAGUACGGGCCCCUGGUCUUCCAGUCUUUGGUGUUCAUCAUCAACCUGCUCAGGGACAGUAAAUAUUACCACUUCAGGCCCGUGAUGGACACCUACAUCCAGAAACACUUCGCCGGCGCCCUCGCCUACAGAGAGCUGAUCCGCUGCCUGAAGUGGUACAUGGACCGCUCUGCUGAGGUGGUGAGGCAGGACCACAUCCAGGAAGCCAUGAGGGCCCUGGAGUACCUGUUCAAGUUCAUCGUCCAGUCCCGCAUCCUCUACUCCCGGGCCACCUGUGGGAUGGAGGAGGAGCAGUUCCGAACCAGCAUCCAGGAGCUCUUCCAGUCCAUCCGCUUUGUCCUGAGUCUGGACAGCCGCAGCUCAGAGACCCUCCUCUUCACUCAGGCCGCCCUGCUGAACUCCUUCCCCGCCAUCUUUGACGAGCUGCUGCACAUGUUCACGGUGCAGGAGGUGGCAGAGUUCGUGCGGGGCACUUUGGGCAGCAUGCCGUCCACUGUGCACAUAGGACAGUCCAUGGAUGUGGUGAAGCUGCAGUCCAUCGCUCGGACCGUGGACAGCAGACUCUUCUCCUUCCCGGAGUCUCGAAGGAUCCUGCUUCCUGUGGUCCUGCAUCACAUCCAUCUGCAUCUGAGGCAGCAGAAAGAGCUGCUCAUCUGCUCAGGAAUCCUCGCCUCCAUCUUCUCUAUUAUCAAGAGCAGCUCCAUGGACACGUCGGUGCAGGAGGAGGUGGAGAUGAUGGUGGAGUCGCUGCUGGACGUCCUCCUGCAGACACUUCUGUCCAUUAUGAGCAAGAGCCAAUCGCAGGAGGCGGUAAGGGGUCAACGCUGUCCGCAGUGCACCGCGGAGAUCACUGGAGAAUAUGUGUCCUGCCUCCUAUCGCUUCUCCGUCAGAUGACCGACGCCCACUUUCAACACCUGAUUGAAAACUUUCACAGCAAAGAGGAGCUGAAGGAGUUCCUGCUGAAGAUCCUGUGUGUGUUCAGGAACCUGAUGAAGCUCAGCAUCUUCCCUCGAGACUGGAACGUCAUGAGGCUGCUCACCAGCCACAUCAUCCUGACCACGGCUCAGCAUCUUUCUCCUGCUCUGCACAAGAACUUCGCCCAGAGUGACUUUGACUUUAAGGUGUGGAACUCCUACUUCAGUCUGGCUGUUCUCUACAUCAACCAGCCCAGUUUACAACUGGAGAACCUGAGUCCUGCCAAGAAGAAGAAGGUUCUGGACAGAUAUGGAGACAUGAGAGUGAUCAUGACCUUCCAGCUGUUCAGCAUGUGGCAGAACCUGGGGGAGAACAAGAUCCAUUUCAUCCCCGCCAUGAUCGGCCCCUUCCUGGGCGUGACGCUGGUCCCACAGGUGGAGCUGAGGAACAUCAUGAUUCCGAUCUUCCACGACAUGAUGGAUUGGGAGCAGCGCAAGAACGGGAACUUCAAACAGGUGGAGGCCGAGCUGAUCGAUAAGCUGGACAGUUUGGUGUCGGAGGGCAAAGGUGACGAGAACUACCGGGAGCUGUUCGGUUUGCUAACCCAGCUGUUUGGGCCGUAUCCCAGUCUGCUGGAGAAGAUCGAGCAGGAGACGUGGAGGGAGACGGGGACCUCCUUUGUGACGUCCGUCACGCGGCUGAUGGAGCGCCUGCUGGACUACAGGGACUGCAUGAAGGGAGACGAAACGGAGAACAAAAAGAUUGGCUGCACCGUCAACCUGCUGAACUUCUACAAGUCUGAGAUCAACAAAGAGGAGAUGUACAUCCGCUACAUCCACAAACUGUGCGACAUGCACCUGCAGGCGGAGAACUUCACAGAGGCGGCGUUCACCCUGCUGCUGUACUGGGAGCUGCUGCACUGGGAAGAGCGCCCCCUCAAGGACUUCCUGCAUUACCCGGCUCAGAGCCAGUGGCACCGCAAGGAGAGCCUCUGCCGCAGAGUAAUCCACUACUUUAACAAGGGAAAGUGCUGGGAGUUCGGCAUUCCUUUGUGCCGGGAGCUGGCCUUCCAGUAUGAGUCCCAGUAUGACUAUCAGAGCCUCAGCUGGAUACGGAAAAUGGAAGCGGCUUAUUAUGACAACAUCAUGGAGCAGCAGCGUCUGGAGCCCGAGUUCUUCAGAGUUGGUUUUUACGGCAGGAAGUUCCCGUUCUUCCUCAGAAAUAAGGAGUUUGUCUGUCGAGGUCACGACUACGAAAGGUUAGAGGCUUUCCAGCAAAGGAUGCUGGGAGAAUUUCCACAAGCCAUCGCAAUGCAACACCCGAAUCAGCCCGACGAGGCCACGCUGCAGUGUGACGCGCAGUACCUCCAGAUCUACGCCGUCACUCCGGUUCCAGACAGUGUCGGCGUCCUUCAGAUGGAGCGGGUGCCGGACCGCAUCAAAAGCUUCUAUCGGGUCAACAACGUCCGACGGUUUCGGUAUGACCGGCCCUUCCACAAAGGACUGAAAGACAGAGAAAACGAGUUCAAGAGUCUCUGGAUCGAGAGGACCACUCUGAUCCUCAGCCAUCCUCUGCCGGGGAUCUCACGUUGGUUUGAGGUGGAGCAGAGAGAGCUGGUGGAGGUGAGCCCGUUGGAGAACGCCACGUCUGUGGUGGAAAACAAGAACCAGGAGCUCCGGACUCUGAUCAGCCAGUACCAACACAAGCAGCUGCACGGGAACAUCAACCUGCUGAGCAUGACGCUGAACGGCGUCAUCGAUGCCGCCGUCAACGGAGGCAUCGCCAGAUACCAGGAGGCUUUCUUUGAUAAAGAUUACAUCACCAGUCAUCCUGAAGACGCAGAGAAGAUCACGCAGCUCAAAGACCUGAUGCAGGAGCAGGUCCAUAUUUUAGGCUUGGGCCUGGCCGUGCACGAGAAGCUGGUGCACCCAGAAAUGCGUCCCCUGCACAAGAAGCUGAUAGAUCAGUUCCAGAUGAUGAGGAACAGCCUCUGCCAUUGCUUCUAUGCUGUCCUGCAGGGUCUGCCUGGCCUAGACAAGGCUGGAACCAACCCCCCCAGAGGAAUCCUGGCCUCCCACAGUCCAAUGAGUCCAGAGAGCUUCAAGCUGUUGCACCGCCACAGUCCCAUCGCUGUUUUGACUCCUGUUCGCCUUUCUUCCCCCUCUGUCUCCUCUAACACUUCCAGUGAGACUGGAAACCUGCUGAUCCUGGCGGAUGGUUUGGUGGUGGAGCACGCCGAGGACUUCUACCGCAUGCAGGCAAGCCUCUCCUCCUCGAGUCUAAGCUCCACCCACUCAGCACCUCCUCAGAUGAAUAACUCCAACCCUUCGUCUAUCAGGGUGGGCUCCCCCUCCCUGCCGGACAAAUACAGACACAACAGAGAAAUGUUGAUGCUGCUGCCGCCUCAUAGAGACAGGCCGAGCAGCGCCAUGUACUCCAACAUCCCCGACAACGGACAGACGCCAAACUUCCAGCGAGCUUUGCUCCACCAGGUGAUCGGUCCGUGCAAACCCUGCAGUGACCCCAACCUGUCUGUGGCAGAGAAGGUCCUCACUGCUCCCAGCAGCUGGAGUUUGGACAGUGGUACCAGAGAAGCCCUCCCCUUCUUCUCAUCCCAUGUGGGUGGAGUCAUAGCACCACCUGUUCCUCCUCGCAACAUUCCUCAUGGACAGCACCUGUCGAUGCACUUUGAUGCUUUCCACCACCUGGUCAGCGACCUCCCUCCAGCCCUCCCCGUGCGCUCCCUAAGAAAGUCCCCCCUCCCCCCUGUUCCUGCCUUGCCCACCAGUCCACAGUCCAUCCUGGAUGGCAGUAACUCCACCCUGUCGGGCAGCGCCAGCUCCGGGGUCUCCUCGCUCAGUGAGAGUAACUUUGGCGGCCCCCCCUCCUCCUCCGCCCCCACGGCCGGCCGCGCCGACACGCUGGACUCCGCCCCCGCCAGCCGGGUUUGGACCACCGACCAAGAGGACCUGGACUUCCCCUAUCAGCCGGUGAGGUACAGCCUUUCCGAGCCCGACGUCCUGGACGGAGUCAAGCCCCCGCCCUGCCGCAGCCGCUCCGCCCCCGGAGGCGUGGGCCCAGCUGGGGGGGUCUGUCAGACGCAGUCCCCGGCCCCGGGGCCGCCCCACCCACAACACCACCACUACAUCCCGCACCACCCUCCUCUUUACCACCUCCACGAGCCUCCCCCACUCCUGCCCUCCAAACCUUUCCUCAGGGAGGGCUGCAUCCCCGAAGAGGACCCCCUGAGCAGCCAGCCAGGCGCCCCCCCUCCCCCGGCGCCCCGGCCCCUGCCACGCAAAAUCUCUCAGCCCCUAAUCGCUGCUAAGGAGGAGCAGGCCAAGGUGGCGUGGGAGCACGGCGUCGGCAAGGACUGAGGGGGCGGGGCUCGCCGAGUCUGAAGAGCCAGACACAAUGUGAGGAGGAGAUCUUCCUCUGAGCUGGGGGGUCACACUGUCCACCGAACCCCUCAAACCUUCUCCUCUUGGCGCCGUAGAAGCGUCCACCGUGAAAGCCUCACGCCGUUCUGGCCGCCGUGUCAGUCGCCACGUGACUUUUCAGCUUCACAGGAGGGAUCUCCUCUUCUGUCACGAAGGGCAUCGAACCCCGACAGCUGGUUGUUCAGAGAGACGCUGCACCACAGCCGUGGAAUGAAAACUUCCGCUUUGUGAGCUGCUGGAUGAAAGCGUCUGUGGACGACCAACACUGGGGGCCGCUCUGAGGCGGCUGGGGGCCGCUCUAAGGCGGCUCCGCCCCCAUUUACAGAGCUUCAGGGAACGUUGUGGUUCAGACGAUGAAGACUUCUGAUGAAGACUUUUGCAGAGAGUCUGUACUCCAAAAGGACGUUUCUGACUGUUUAAACAGUAGCUUGUUGGGGGGGGGGGUCUCGGGUGACCACGUGCAGGUUUCUGUUUCCUGUUGUGGUUUUUCCUCGUCUGAUGAUCUUCAGUUUGAGCGUUUUCUGGUCAGACGUGGAUCCAGGCCGCCGUCUUCUUCGUCCUCAGUCGGCCUGACGUCGUGUCUGUUUGCUGCGUUUUCUGCGUCCAGUUUUCAUUGGUUUGAGCACCAAUCAGGUGACGUUUAGACAUUCAUCUCCAAAUAUGACUUUGUCUUUUUUAGCCUAUUUUUAGUGACAAAAAUCCCGUUUGAUUUGAUUUCAAGGCCUCCUAAGGCGCUCAGGCUCGGUUCUGUGUGUUUGCUCCUUCCUUCUGUCACGCUGACGUCUCGUCGGGUUCGGUGAAGACAUUUGGAUCCGGCGGUUCUGUCUGAAGGAUCCUGGAGUCUGCAGCAUUCUCACAUCCACCUCCCUGAAACUGGUUUCACUGGUUCUCCGGUGGAAUCGGCUCUCUCCUUACCUUCAGUAGAUUCAGUUGGAUGCAGCAGGUGUCGCUCCUGGUCACCGAUGGGGCUUCAAACCUGCAACCUCGGCUCCUUUGGAGGUUUUCCAGAGUUUGAGUAACUAUGCAACGACCUGAUGAGAUGUUUCCAUCAGAGUGUGAAGAGUUUAGGGUUUUACAGUCAGGAGCAGAAAUGUUGGAAGAGAAAAAUGGUUUUGUGUUUCAUUUGCUGACGGCAGGAAGAAGGUGGAGCCUGACGAUGGGAGGCGGCGUUCGUGCAGCGUGGCCGCCAUGUUUGUUCUUCCUGUCCAUAACCUCCAGACAGACAAGCAGCAAAAGCUGGUUUGGUUUCUGUUCAUUUCAGGGCAGCUGAAACAUUUUUAUUAUUACUGUUUGAUGACGAUGGCGUUCACGUCUUCACGGCGAUGUCGUGGGUUUGAACUCCCGUCCAUGUAAAUGCUCCUGUUUUCCUACUCACGUAACAAACCGCUGUGCUGUUUAUUCACCAUUCAUCAUAUUAAACACCACUGAAGAAGUCUGA